AACUGUGAAAAGUUAAUCGUUUUUGAAUUCCAUAAGUUUAAAUUAUGACUUUUCUAAAUCUUUUUCAAUUUAUAUGGUAGGCUUAUGGCAUUCAUUAAAAUUAUUUAUGUGAAAAUAUCAUAUGGCCAACCUUAUGAACCAGAAAUUAGUAUGGCGGACAACAUUAAUCAAGUGGAGGAGCGGCCUUCAGCAGAUUGCAGGUUUUUAACUAAAUUUUGAGUUUUUACGUUUUGUUUUGCUAUUAAUUUGCUUUGCUUUGCUUAACAGGUUAAGUAAAUGUUUUCCCUGCUGCAGAGACCAGGCGUACCUGGACAAAGGCAACGACUUCCAGGAAUCGACGCCAAUCGAACAACAUGGGCUAAGAAGGGACAAUUCGAUCGAAGGCUCGCAUCGGUUGUUGUUUAUGCUGCAGAAAAUUAUCGGCAUCGUGCUGGUCAUCGAGGAGUGGUCCUCGUCGUUCAGUCUUCAGGCAAGGAUGUUCGUGCUGAGUCGGCUCGCGUUGAGAAAGGUUAAUGGCAUCAUCCGUACGGACGCUGUGGGUUGCGGUAUUGACAUUGACGACAUCGACGUGGUCAUCUCGUCAACAUGCCGCGCCACAUCAACACGUAAAUUGGCCGGACCGGGCGAACAAAUUGUGCCGGAAACCGGGAACCUUCAUCACGAUUCUGAUCGACUAGGAGCAAAAGAAGUUCCAGUUGACCCUGGCCGAGAGGAAUACGCCGUGCUGUACUCGGCGGUGCUGAAUGACCUGUGUGAACCCCCGGAUCAGCAAAAGCAAACGAUCAAGAAGAUUCACAGCGGAAUGUCGAACACUAGCAUGACCAAGUAG